AUGUCGCUCACUAAGAAAACCUUCACCCUCGACGACUACUAUACCCACGAGAAGCGUGCCCAUGUGCCCCUCCUGGCGUAUCUGAAGCGUGUUUCCCUCAUCCUCGCGGUUUACUACGCGUUCAUGGUCGGAGUCUACGGCUGGAAAGCUACCACUAACCUCUCCCCCCAUACCGGCUGGGGUCACCCGAUUCUGUUCUUUGCCUCCGUGGGUGUCGUUGCCCUCGUCCAAUGCACCUUCUACUGGACCGUCGACACCUACCUGGGCAAGUGGAUGCAUGGUUGUACCGCACGUCAUUGCUUCAUGGGAUCUAUCGCAAUCCUCGGUUUUGACCUGGCUACGAUCUUCAUCUUCGGCCGUAAGGCUAUUGGGGACAUGAUCACCUUCAUUAUCGAGUUGCCUUACUGGAAAGACCCCAAGUUCUGCCUCAUGUUCAUUUUAGCUAUCCAUGCGCUGGAUUUGGUCUUCUGGGCUUGCGUGACCCUCGUGGAGGGACGGCUUCCUCGCUAUCGCAGUCGCCUUCGUGCCCGCCUAUGA